UCUUGUUGACUUGACUAGUCUAGUCUGUUUUUUUCUGCGCCUGCGUAGCCGGCGAGCAGUGUGUUGUUAUUUUUUGGCUGUGACUUUCCGUCGUUGAAUUAACUUGAAUUAAGGAUUGUUUAUACGUUUUCUUUUUUUAAAAACAAGAUGGGAAAGAAAGAAGAAGAAAUUAUUAGGAUAGCUAAGAAGAUGGAUAGGUUGGUACAGAAGAAAAGUGGGUAUGGGGCGUUGGAUCUGCUCAAAGAACUGAAGAAUAUCUCCAUGACGCUGGAGCUGCUGCAGUCAACCCGAAUCGGCAUGUCCGUGAAUGCCGUUCGCAAGCAGAGCACGGAUGAGGAAGUCACGACGCUGGCGAAAGCUCUCAUCAAAUCGUGGAAGAAGCUCUUAGACGGCCCUGCUGGAGGAGACAAAUCUUCGGGGGAGAAGAAAGAGGAGGAGGCCACCCGCCCGUCUUCGAGCCCCGCCCAUUUCAUGGCCACGCCCUCCCAGGACAGCCCUGAUCCUCAGGAGGAGAGUAAUUCCGGAAGCAGGAGUGAACCCCUGGACGUCUCCCACAAUUCCCUGAUCACCACCUUCCCACAAGCUCCGCCCACUUCAGACUCGGUCCGGACCAAGUGUCGGGAGCUGCUGUGCGCCGCGCUGCAGGCUGGAGAUGACUACAUCACCAUCGGUGCUGACUGUGAAGAGCUGGGAGCUCAGAUUGAGCAGUGCGUCUUCCAGGAGUUCAAAAACACAGACGUGAAAUAUAAGAACCGGGUCAGGAGCCGAAUCGCCAACCUGAAGGACGUCAAAAACCCCAACCUGAGGAGGAACGUCCUGUGCGGGAAUAUCAUGCCAGAGAGGAUGGCCAUGAUGACCGCAGAGGACAUGGCGAGUGACGAGCUGAAGGAGAUGAGGAAGACUCUGACCAAAGAGGCCAUCAGGGAGCACCAGAUGGCCCGGACCAGCGGCACCCAAACCGACCUGUUCACCUGCGGAAAGUGCAAGAAGAAGAGGUGCACAUACACACAGGUCCAGACCCGCAGCGCUGAUGAACCAAUGACCACGUUUGUGUUCUGCAAUGACUGUGGAAACCGGUGGAAGUUCUGCUGAAGGUCAGAGGUCGCUGUAAAAUAGACAGGAAGUUCACACCUGACGGAGCCACAGAAGAACGCACCAGCAUUUAAAAACGGAGGCGUGUCCUAUGAGGUCAUCCUCUGUGUUUAAUCCCCCCUCAGGCCAGACAUUUAUAGCUUUUAAAAACUGCCGAGACAGCCAGUGGUGUCACUGUAAGGCGUCUUUUCGAACAACUUUGAAUGUAGCUUCACUUUCAGUUUAAGUCAGACGGUUUUUUAAUGUUCAUUUUAAUGUAAGUCAUUUCCUUAGUAAAAAAAAAAUCUCAUUAAAAAAAAUAAUAAUAAUAAGUGAACUGUUUUUUUAUUUUUUGGGAUUUGGACCAAUAGACACUCUGAAAACCCAAAUGUACACAAAUGUUCCUUAGAGAGCUUUCUAAGCAGCUGUACAUACUAAUGUUGAUUCCCUCCUAUAUUAGACCACAGUAAACUGUUCUUGCCAGGGAUACAUGUGCAGUCUAAUGUUGUAGUUCCUAAUUAUGAAACAAAUGGUAGAUGAAAGAGCUAAUGGGGGUGAUUCAUAGUUAAAUAAUUAAGGGCAGAAGUGGGUUUUAAAUACUGAAGAGGGUUGGGACUCAUGCACCUCCAUCAAUAAUGGCCCCUAUCAGCCAUGGCUCCCCUGCAGCAGACUGCCUCACCUGGGCUCUUUCUAGCGGAUGUUUAAGGGUGGGAUGGAUGUGCUUGACUGCAGCACAAUGUCUGUGCGCUGGCAGGAAGUGAUGUCAGAGGUCUUCUGGUUCCUGAUAACUUGGCACAACUCGAAUUAAAGCUGUUGAUUACACAGUG